CUGACUGGUUACACAUUAACCAGAGGAGCUGCAGUAUGUUGUCUCUUUAUCAACUCUUUCUGUUCUCAUAAUUAUGGCCACUCACUAGCCUUUAGCAUUAGCAAUUUGGUAAAUGGGUACUUGGUAUGAAUAAUAUUUGAGACUAUAUGUGAUACAUAUACAACAAAAUAGGACAUUAUUUUUACACAAGGUGCCGUGGCUGAGUAUUAUAGAAGGACAAGACAGAGUUGUUCUGCAACAAUUUGACUCUUAACUUUGACCAUUUUGCCACCAUCACCAUGGGAUGUUGGGAAUCAAAAACAGAAGAACAGAGACAGAGCACAGGGGAUUCAGCAAAGAUGGGUUAUGACUCAACUGCAGAGCUAGAAAACCCUUUACAGACAGAAACGCAGCUCAAACCAUCUCCUAGAAAUGAUAUAAAUCAAGCACGCACACAUGAAGUGGAUGUCACUCUGGAUGUGGACACAGCUCACCCUAAGCUGAAGAUAAAUGGGAAAUCACUACAUUGGAUAGGUGAAUCAUCGCAGAGAAACAUUGACAUUGAGAACUGUUUUGAUGAAGAGCCUUUUGUGUUGGGCAAAACGGGCCGUGCUUUGAAGACUUACUGGGAGGUGGAUGUGAAGGAGAAGGAUGACUGGGUGCUUGGCGUUGCCAAGGCAACGGCUCACAGGAAGGGGCCGUUGGCUUUCAGACCAAAAGAUGGCUUCUGGGUAAUCAGACUAUCCAAUGGACAAAGACUUAAAGCCAUGGAGGAUGAAGAACGUGUUCUUGACGUAGGAAUUCCAGAUAAAGUCGGUAUCUAUCUGGAUUAUCCGGAAAGGAAGGUGACUUUCUUUAAUGCAAAAGAUGGUUCACUCAUCCACUCAUUUAUCAAUGGACCAAGUUAUGAGGAUGAUGUCCUCCCACUUUUCUCACCCUGGAACAAUGAUCCAAAACCAAUCACAAUUUUGUCAAUCACGGCAACAUAAAAAACAUAAUUCAUCACAUUCCCUGUCUGUCAAUAGCUUAUCGUGGUAUAAAGCUAUGUCAAUCAUUUUCGAUUAAAUACUAUAAAGAAUUGUGGAUUCAUCAAUAUUGUGAAGAACGGGCGGCAGGUAGCUUAGUGGUUAAGAGCGAUGUGCCAGUAAUCGAAAGGUCGCUGGUUCUAAUCCCCGAGCCG